UUCAUUGUUGUUCAUUCUUUGGUCGAUUUGAAAGAGAGAGAGAGAGAGAAAAAAUCGAUCUCCCUUUUUUUUUUUUGUUAUAUAUUUCCUCUCCUUUCUUUUUACACGCAACUCGUUCACUUGCCAAUGUCGACCUUGAAUGCGUUUGGCUUCUCUAUCCGAAAACCGCGACCAGCGAACAGGGACGCGAAAUCUGAAAUCAAGAAACAGGUCGUUCUCAACAAUGUCGCUAAAGGAAUAUUACCAUGGGCAAGACCGGAAUCCGAUAAACCUACCAUGACCACCACCACCAAAAGACCUGUGAAUACGCUCAAGAAAAAGUCACUGUCAAAAAGCUCGUCUCAAACCAAUACCAUCACACGUUACAUGACCUCAUGUCCUUCCCCUGCAGCCACCGCUCUUCCCAUCGACACAUCUUGUAUUUCCUCACCAUCAAAAUCGCUGGAAUCCGAUACAUGGAUUUGCAUCGUUCGCCAUCAAAAACCUAUUAUGGAAGUAUGGAGUGACAUUGCAGCCGAAUUCGACCUUGAUGCCAUGGCUGAAGAUUUCCCUGAUGCGACGUCGAUACCCUGUUUCACACAGGAACGGGUUCCGCUGUAUGCCAACAAGACUACAAGCCGCGGGCGGCGACGAAGAUAUUCGGAAACAAACAACAUGGAAGAAGACAGUGUUUGUUUACACACACCGAAACGGGCGGCCAUCAGCGUGGAACGCGAUCUCACCUUCGCCUUUGACAAAAUGAUGACGUUAGAUAGCGCCAUCCGAAUCCGAUCGCCUUGUUACGUGUCUGUGUUGGCAGGACUACAGCAAGAAUUCGACCAAGAAAUUGAAGAGGAAGACCUAACCCGUGCUGUACGUCACCGCAUGUCCGUCACAGAAGCCAAUGCCAUGUUUGCCUGCAUCGUGGAUGAAUUUUUGAUGAUUUAGGAUUUUAUUCCUUCUGUUUCCGCCUCAUUUCCCAAUCCAUCGAUCCAUCUCGUUGUGUUUCCCUUCACUGUUUUUGCUUUCCCUCACCUCCCGCAUCUCCUGGUAAACCUUAAACUAUACUAUUUACAGUGUGUUUGUUUGUUUGUUUUCAUAUUCACUAUUUGUAUAAAAGAUUUUAAACCCUCAACAGCAACAAUAACAAAACUGCCAUCUAUCUUCCAUCAAUCUUUUUCUUUUUG